AUGAACUUCCAGCUACCCAGACAGUUCACUCUACCAACCACACUAACCCCAUAUGACGGGCUGGGAGACCCAAAACAACAUGUUAAAAAAUUUCGAUCAAUCAUGAUCGUUAACGGUGCCUCUGAUCCUAUUUUAUGUCGAUGUUUUCCUUCUUUUUUAGAUGGUCCUGCACUUGACUGGUUUUGUUCCUUGCCUGCAGAUUCUAUUUCACGUUUUCAGGAAUUAGCCAAGCAGUUUGAGGACCAUUUUGCAGCCUCGGCAAUAUAUCUUCACGACUCUGACUACUUAACAACCAUCAAACAGGGUCCACAGGAAAGUCUGAAGGACUACAUAACUCGGUUCACUAAGGUCGCCAUGAGUAUUCCAGACCUCCAUCCCGAGGUACACCUCCAUGCCAUUAAAAGUGGUCUUCGUCCAGGGAAAUUCCAAGAAACCAUCGCGGUAGCUAAACCGAAAACUCUUGCCGAAUUCCGCGAAAAAGCUAGGGGACAAAUUGAUAUUGAAGAGCUUCGCCAGGCACGGAAGUCAGAAAAACCAGCCGUUAAAGAUGACGAAAGAGCUCGGGAUACCAAGAAGGGUUUCAAACCAGUACCUCGUUACGAAUCAUAUACCCAGUUCAACACCAAAAGGGAUGAUAUCAUUAAGGAAAUUCUGAACUCAAAAUUGAUUAAACCCCCCCGUAAGGCAGGCAAUUAUCCCGAGCCCAGGAACGUCGACAAAUCUAAAUACUGCACCUUUCAUCAGAAGCAUGGUCAUACAACUGAUGAGUGUAUAAUUGCUAAAGAUCUCCUAGAGCGGUUGGCACGACAAGGCCAUCUUGAUAAAUUUAUUGCAGGUCACAUUCAAAAGAGAACGGCAUCCGGCUUCGAGCAACCCUCAACAGGACAAUCAUCAAAAGAAAGGGAUAAGGCCCCAGCUCAACCACGGGGAGUAAUCAAUUGUAUUUCAGGGGGCUAUGCCGGUGGAGGAAGUACCAACUCGGCCAGAAAACGAACGUACCGAGCUAUGUUAAUGGUCGAAGGCGCUGACCAUAACUCGGCACCGAUCCCAGAGCUCCCCGAACUGACGUUUCGUCCUACUGACUUCAAUUCCGGACAUACGAACUACGACGACCCUGUAGUCGUCUCUAUCCAAUUGGGAGACCUUAUUGUUCGGAAGGCAUUGCUUGAUCCAGGAAGUAGUGCUGAUGUACUUUUUUUUGCAACAUUUCAAAAAAUGAAAUUGAGCACUAACAUUUUGCAGCCAUAUUCAGGAGACUUGGUCGGAUUCUCAGGAGAACGAGUGCCAGUCAUGGGGUCUGCAUGGUUGCAGACUACACUGGGCGAACAGCCAUUAUCCAGAACACAGGACAUUCAGUACCUGAUCGUAGACUGUUUUAGCCCUUAUAACGUUAUCUUAGGGAGACCUUUUUUAAAUAAAUUUGCUGCUAUUGUUUCUACUUAUCACCUUUGUGUCAAGUUCCCUGUGCAGGAUAACGUCGUCGCAACCAUACAUGGUGAUUUGCAAGAAGCUCGGCAAUGCUAUAACGUAAGUCUGAAACCCAUCAGAAGAAACACUGAGACUCGGGUCAAUUCAAUACAAUCCAAGCAGCCAAUCUUGACCGAAUUAGACCCAAGGGCUGACUUUCAAGAACGUCCCAUGCCUAAUGAGGAUCUUCAAAAGGUCGCUUUAACCGACGAUCCAUCAAAGUUCACAUACAUCGGAACGUCAAUGGACGACGACGCUAGGAUAACAAUGACCAAUUUCUUAUGCGCGAACGCUGACCUAUUCGCAUGGACUUCGGGAGACAUGCCGGGGAUUAGUUCGUCAGUAAUCACACACAAGUUAGCUGUCAGUCCAGCAGCCCGACCAAUUUCCCAAAAAAAGAGAAACCUCGGCGCCGAGAAACGAUCAGCCUCCAUGUCAGAAGUUAACAAGCUCCUUGAGGUGAAAUUCAUUCGCGAAAUUAGAUUCACCACAUGGUUGGCCAACGUCGUCAUGGUAAAAAAGAAUAACGGUAAAUGGCGCAUGUGCGUCGACUUUACUGAUUUAAAUAAAGCAUGUCCAAAAGAUGCUUAUCCUUUACCUUGCAUAGAUACAUUAGUAGAUAACUCCUGUGGGUAUGACACUUUAAGUUUUAUGGAUGCAUAUUCGGGUUAUAAUCAGAUCCUUAUGCAUCCAUCAGACCAAGAAAAAACUGCUUUUAUAACUGAAUAUGGUAAUUACUGCUUUAAUGUUAUGCCUUUCGGUUUAAAGAAUGCAGGGGCGACGUACCAAAGACUGAUGAACAGGGUUUUUGAGCAGCAAAUAGGCAGAAAUAUUGAGGUUUACGUCGACGACAUGGUCGCCAAAACAAAGGUCGGCGAAUCCCAUAUACAUGACCUGGAAGAAAUAUUUGCUCAAAUCAGAAAAUAUAACAUGAGACUGAACCCCGAGAAGUGCGCCUUCGGUGUCAAAGGCGGAAAAUUCCUCGGAUUCAUCCUGACAAGUCGAGGCAUUGAGGCAAACCCCGAGAAAUGCCAAGCAAUACUCGAUAUGCAAAGUCCAAAGACGACAAAGGAUGUUCAACGGCUAACAGGCAGAUUAGCGGCAUUGUCAAGAUUCUUGCCCUGCUUGGCCUUCAAAUCUUUCAACUUUUUCCAAUGUUUAAAGAAAAAUACAAAGAACUUCUUCUGGGAUGAAAAAUGUGAAGACGCAUUUUUAAGCUUUAAACAUUUCCUCUCCAAACCACCCGUUUUGCAGAAACCAAAACUCGGCGACCCAUUAUACUUAUACUUGUCUGUCACUGACUUCACCAUUAGUUCUGCUCUUGUUACAGAAAGCAACAAAGACCAGCAGCCAGUAUAUUUCGUGAGCAAGACACUACAAAACGCAGAGCUGCGAUACCCGAAGCUUGAAAAGCUUGUCCUGGCACUUAUAUUCUCGGCAAGACGUCUCCGACCUUAUUUUCAGAGUCAUACAAUCAUUGUCCGAACAGAGCAUCCACUUCGACAGAUACUCUCUAAACCUGAAUUAGCAGGGCGAAUGACUAAAUGGUCUAUUGAACUCUCCGAGUUCGACAUACAAUUUCAACCUAGGGGAUCUGUUAAGUCACAAUGCCUAGCCGACUUUGUGGCAGAAUUUACUAACACUUCUUCCGAGGAAAGAAGUCGGCUCUGGACCCUAUUUGUAGAUGGAGCUUCAAACACUCAAGGGGCAGGAGCUGGAGUAUUGUUAGAAAGCUCGGAUGGUAUAAUCCUCGAACAUUCUCUCCGAUUUUCAUUUAAAGCCAGCAAUAACCAAGCAGAAUAUGAAGCCCUCAUAGCUGGGCUCAGGUUAGCCACUGAUUUACAUGUUGAUUAUUUGAAGGUUUACUGUGAUUCAUUAUUAGUGGUACAACAAGUAAAUCAAAGUUUCCAAACAAAAGAUCCAAUUCUUUUGAAGUAUUUGAAUAUUGUUCGGGACUUGUUAAACAAAUUUUCUAAAAUAGAAAUCGCCCAUAUACCUAGAGAACAAAACCAUAGGGCAGAUGUCUUAUCCAAAUUAGCAACAACGCAAGCACACACUGCCACACUUUUACAAUCAACCUUAGACAAACCGAGUAUUGAGUCAGCAAAAAUUCUAAACACCUUAAGUAAAGAUAGUUGGCAACAACCUUACAUUCAAUACCUCCGCAACGGCUCUGUUCCAGAGGAAAUUGAAAACAAAGGUAAAUUCAGAAGACAAGCUUCUUUUUUCACCUUGCUAAAUAACACUCUGUAUAGGCGAGGUUACUCUCGACCACUAUUGAAAUGCCUAGACAGGUCAGAAGCCGAGCUUCUCUUGGCCGAGGCCCACGAAGGAAUCUGUGGCAUACACUGGGGAGCUAGGAGCUUGGCCCAGAAAGCUCUCCGAGCAGGAUUUUAUUGGCCGACAAUAUGGGAGGACAGUAAGCAUAAAGUCAGAACCUGCGACAACUGUCAGAAGCACUCGCCGAUCAUUAAUAUGCCUGCGGAACAUCUCCAUCACUCAACAGUAAGUUGGCCGUUCAAUCGGUGGGGAAUAGAUAUACUCGGCCCCUUCCCCACUGCUCCCAGGCAGGUAAAAUUUUUGGUAGUUGCAGUAGAUUACUUUUCUAAAUGGAUUGAGGCACAGCCACUUGCAAAAAUUACCUCAUCACAAAUGAUAAGCUUUUUCUGGAAAUAUAUAAUUUGUAGAUUCGGUAUACCAGGCCAUAUCGUAACCGAUAAUGGUCGACAGUUUAUUGAUAGCACUUUCAAAGAAUUUUUACAGAAUUUAAAAAUAAAGCAGCACUUCUCAUCUGUGGAACAUCCGCAAUCCAACGGCUUGGCAGAGGCAGCAAAUAAGAUCAUCCUUCAGGCCUUGAAGAAAAAACUUGACAGCGCAAAAGGCCUGUGGGCCGAGCUUAUCCCUGAAGUUUUAUGGGCAUACAACACAACAAUCCACUCCACGACCAAGGAAACUCCGUUCAGACUAGUCUACGGAUCCGAAGCAAUGAUUCCAAUGGAAGUGUCUCAAGGCUCCAUGCGAACAUUAGCCGAAGAUCAUGAAAAAGCUCGGCAAGCAGAGCUUGACUUAAUUGAAGAAAUUAGGGAAACAGCAGCAAUCCGGCACAAAGCCUUGCAACAACAAGUGGGCCAACGAUAUUCUAGGAAAGUUGUCCCAAGAUCGUUCCACACCGGAGACUUAGUACUCCGUAAGACUGAGCAAGCUCGCCGACCCCCUUCUCAUGGGAAGCUCGCCGCAUCCUGGGACGGCCCGUACCGAGUAUCUGAGGUACUAGGCCGAGGAGCAUACAAAUUGGAACAGUUAGAUGGCACACAAAUUCCAAACACAUGGAAUAUCAACUCUUUGAAGCAAUAUUACAGUUAA